AUGUUUGGAAUCUUUGCGGACUUAUUGUCCUCGGUCAUCACGAUCCUCUUCCCCGUCUUUGCUUCCUACAAGGCUCUCCGUUCCUCUGACCCCUCGCAACUCGCACCAUGGCUGAUGUACUGGGUGGUGCUCUCAGUCAUUCUGCUGGCUGAAUCCUGGACAUUUUUUAUCAUCGGAUGGUUCCCAUUCUACAGCUGGAUCCGCCUCGGUUUCAUGUCUUAUCUCGUUCUUCCCCAGACGCAAGGGGCUCGCUUACUGUACCAAGACUACGUGGAUCCGUUCUUGACACACCAUGAGCGGGGGAUCGAAGAGAUGAUCGGCCGCACCCAUGAGCGGGCCAAGGCACUGGGUCUUCAAUACUUCUACAAGGCCAUCGACUUUGUCCGGCAGAGGGUCCUGGGUCUACCUCCGCAGCGCCCGACACCCCCUCAGCCAGGUGCCGCUUCCUACGCGCAGUCGCUACUAUCGCGGUUCAACAUCCCCGUCGCAGGAGGAGCUGGGGCGCCCGCCAACACAACUGAUUGGUACUCUCUUUUCAGUGCGGCUGUGGGCUCAGUUACCACUGGCAAGUCUCGGGAAGUGCGGGACGAGGAGCUUUCCGCCAGUGGCACUCUCCUCCAGCGCCAGCUGCAGUCUAUGUCUGGAACCGAGAAGGCUCAAUUUAUUUCCUCGCAGCGAGAGGUGCUAGAUUACCUUCGGUCAACUCUAACACAAGAGGAGCAGAGCACUCCUCGUGGUGGGCUCGAGGCUGAUGACCUUGCCUAUGGCGUGCCGUUGCGCAAGAAUCGCAGCGAAAACUCCUUCGAGGUUGUUGAUGCGGAUCUAGGAAGUCGCCCGGAACAAAAGACUAGUGGAUGGACAUCUGGUUGGUUCGGCAACGAGCAAGAUUCCUCGGGCUCAUCUGGUACUGACUUCGCUGCACGGGCUGUCGAUGAGAUUGCCCGAUCGCGCACAACCGGGCACGACCGAUCUUGA